CAUUACAAGUUGGCCAGUGUUUUUCUUUUUUCAUUUUCACGAGAAAAAUGUUGGAAUUAGUGCCUCCCGACGGCGAUCACGGCGGAGAAUGCGGCGGCGAAGAGCUGCUGUUGUUGAUGGAGACGAACAAUGUUGACAGGUCAUGGAGGUUGAACUUCGAUGAACUACGGUUAUCGUCUGAGAAUAAAGAGAAACCUCAUCCUCAUGGAUUACAUGAUUGUCUCGGUGUAUUGAGUCAAGAAGACAACAUUGCCGUUUACUACCAGCAACAGGAGGAAAUGCUCGUGGGCUUCAAUGAAAUGGAUGCCUUGGCUGAUCGUGGUUUUGUACCUGGGAUGUCAAAGGAAGAGAGGGAAAAAUUGGCCAGAAGUGAAACAACUGCCAUUAGGAUAUCAAAUAUUGCAAACAUGGUUCUCUUUGCCGCUAAAGUAUAUGCAUCUGUCAAGAGUGGUUCAUUGGCCAUCAUAGCAUCCACAUUGGAUUCACUGCUUGAUCUUCUCUCUGGUUUCAUUUUAUGGUUUACAGCUUUCUCCAUGCAGACACCAAACCCGUAUCAAUAUCCUAUCGGAAAGAAACGCAUGCAGCCUUUGGGAAUCCUUGUAUUUGCUUCUGUCAUGGCGACUUUGGGACUGCAGAUAAUUUUGGAGUCUAUGCGUACACUAAUAUCCGAUGAGUCUGAUUUCAGCCUUACCAAGGAGCAAGAGAUAUGGGUUAUUGGGAUUAUGGUUUUUGUGACUUUGGUGAAACUAGUUUUGGUGUUGUAUUGCCGGUCUUUCACCAAUGAGAUUGUGAAAGCAUAUGCCCAGGAUCAUUUCUUCGAUGUUGUCACAAACAUCAUUGGACUAGUCGCGGCAUUGCUUGCUAACUACUUCAGUGGCUGGAUAGACCCUGUUGGAGCUAUGAUUCUCGCGCUGUAUACCAUUCGAACAUGGUCAAUGACCGUGUUAGAGAACGUGAACUCUCUUAUCGGUAAGGCAGCUGCACCAGAAUAUCUACAGAAGCUGACUUACCUCUGCUGGAACCAUCACAAAGCCAUAAAACAUAUAGAUACAGUGAGAGCCUAUACAUUUGGUUCUCACUACUUUGUCGAAGUUGAUAUCGUCCUACCUGCAGACAUGCCCUUACAAGAGGCGCAUGAUAUCGGCGAGUCAUUGCAGGAGAAGCUCGAAUUAUUGCCAGAGAUCGAACGUGCCUUUGUUCAUCUCGACUAUGAAUACAGCCACAAACCUGAACAUGCACAGGCAUACCUAUAAUCAAACGGAUAUUGGUAACAUCUUCUCUAAACACUGUACUUAAUAUUAUAUACCACAAGUGAACUUUGUAAUGCUAUUCGAAAUCGGUCAAUCUGGUGAUUGCUCUUAAAAGAAAAGCUACUAUUAUCUGGUAGAACAGGGAUUAUGAAUUAUAUUUUUGUUAAUUUAUCCUGCUUAUUCAUAUAAUAUAGCUGCCAUGAUUCCUCA